CCCCAAGGGAAAAUUCUACCCACUUCUCCUCCGAAGUGAAGGCCCAAAGAUCCAGAUCGCCUUCAGCAUUCAUUUUCCCCUACAGUCGCUUUCGAUUUCGCUCCGGGGGAGCCAAGAUCUCGACUUUCGUUCGAAGAUCUCGCUUUCACUCUUCAAUUUUCUGUGGGGCGUUUUCCUUUUCUUUUGUUUUCUUGUUUUCUGGAUGAGAUAAUGGGUGCGCCCGUAGCUGGAUUCUCCAUAAUCCCCGUCAUCAGAGUGAUCGGAGUCACCGUCACAGCUCUGGUUCUCAUUUGGGCGGUGCGGUACCGAGGUGGUCUGGCUCUGGUCUCCGACAAGAAGGAUCUUAUCUUCAAUGUCCACCCUGUUCUAAUGGUGAUCGGACUCAUACUUCUCAAUGGUGAAUCCAUCCUAGCAUACAAGACAUUCCCAGGGACGAAGAGCUUCAGAAAACUAGUUCAUCUUACUCUCCAAUUUUUAGCCUUAUGUCUAAGCAUUGUCGGACUCUGGGCUGCGUGGAAAUUCCAUGUUGACAAGGGUAUUGACAAUUUCUACAGCCUGCAUUCUUGGUUGGGUCUGGCUUGCCUUUCCCUCUUUAGCAUCCAGUGGGCUACUGGUUUUGCAACCUUCUGGUACCGAGGAGGCUCAAGGAAUAGCAGAGCUACGUUACUCCCAUGGCACGUCUUCUUCGGGGUUUAUAUCUAUGCCCUCGCUGUUGCUACUUGUGCGACCGGUUUUCUGGAGAAAGCCACAUUCCUCCAGACGAAUCACAUCAUAUCACGUUAUUCAUCGGAGGCCUUGCUAGUCAACUCGUUGGGCAUAUUGGUGGUUGUAUUGGGUGGUUUAGUGACCCUCGCUGUCAUUUCCCCCGCCAAUUCCAAGGGUGAUUCUGCCGAGGUUCAGUUGAGUAUGCACAAUCUUUAGAAGUUCUGUUUUGCAGUCGUCUAUCAAUUGUAGGCUGUACCGUGGAAUCUAGACAUGAUAUUGAUGAAAUAUCACAGCAUCCGAGAUACUUUUCUCAACAUUUUGAUUUUAUAAUGCAGAUAUAACAUUGUGAUAGCACUGAA